AUGGACGUGCUAAAAAUAGCACUAACUUUAGUGGCUGGUCUAACAACCUUCAUACUGCUGCUAAUCUUAGCGUUGGCGUCAUUGUAUGUAUUGUACAGGAACAGAAGAGUAAGCAAGAAACCGCGCAAGUUGUUGGCGGUAAUGGGUUCUGGUGGACAUACCAUGGAGAUGCUACAGCUUAUUGAGUAUUUGGUUGAACAAAAAGAAUUUCAAGAACGUACAUAUCUGUAUUAUGACGAGGCUUCGAGAAAGAAGGUAGAAUUAUUAUUUAUAAUGAAAAAUUUAACUUGUUUUAGAUAGUUUCGUUCGAAGAAAACCUUAAUAACAAAGAGUAUACGAUGAUUGAAGUACCACGAAGCCGAGAAGUCGGUCAGUCGUAUUUUACAAGCAUAUUCAGUACAUUGAAAAGCACUAUUGUCAUUCCUUCAUUGAUUUUUAAUGAAAAGUAAGUUUUUAUCUGGCGUUACCAUACCCAAGGUCACUUAUAAUGUUUCCACAUUUAAAUUUAUCUUGAUAUUAAUUUUACAUUAAACAUGUACCCUAUAAUUGCAGUCCAGACCUAUUACUGUGCAAUGGCCCCGGUACCUGUGUCCCAGUAACCGUAAUCACAUUUUUCUACAAUUUGUUCAACAUAUUCGACUGUAGAAUCGUAUACGUUGAAUCAGUAUGCAGAGUAGAAACUCUAUCCCUAACUGGACUCAUAUUAUACUACCUGCGAUUAUACGACGCCUUUUAUGUACAAUGGCCGAAUUUGCAAAAGAGGUACCCUAGAACAGACUACCAAUGCAGAUUGGCAUAA